ACCGCCGGCAGAACCGGCGCGAUGUGGCGGGUCCUCGCAGUGGCGCUCGUGGUUGGCCUGGAGCUCAGCGAUGCUGGACCGCAAAACUUCAACUUUGGAUUCCCGCAGAGGCCAGGUAGAAAUCGGUUUGGCACACCACAUGGAUUUCAGCGUCCAGUAUUUGGUGGUUUUGCUCCGAACCGCCAGGACCAGUUCUUCCAGCAGCAGCAGCAGCAGCAGCAACAACAGCAGCAGCAACAGCAGCAGCAACAGCAGCAGCCGCAGGGCAACAACCCGUUCGGCCAGCUACUAAACCAGUUCGGUCAGGUCCUGGGCGGCAGCGUAACUCCGAAUGGUGGCGGCGGCUUCGUAAUUGAUGGUUCCAAGGUGCAGCAGCAGGCCGGCCAGCUGCUUGGCAGCGUGUUUGGCAUUCGACCUGGCCAGGGUCAGAACAACCAGGGCGGUCAGAACAACCAGGGCGAGCAGAUCGAUCAAGGCGGCGGCGGCGGCGGCGAGUUCGUCGACGAGCUCGACCCGGAGGACCUCGAGCAGGGUAACCGGCGCCGAGAGCUCUGCACCACCGACGACGGUCUGCGUGGCGUCUGCAAGAAGGAGCGACGCUGCCCCGAUGACCGACUGGCACUGAGCUCUUCCGUCACGUACUGCCCGGGCGGCGGCGGCGGCGGCGGCCGGGGCCGGGGCCGGGGUCGCGGCCGGGGCCGCGGCCGGCGCAGGAAGGUCUGCUGCCCCAGGCGGCGACAAGGCGGUAAUGGCGGAGGCGCCAACCUUGGAAGCGGAAACAACUCUGGCGGAGGUUUCAAUCCGGGCAGUGGAGGCGGCACAACCUCGGGCGGCGGAGGUUUCAAUCCGGGCAGUGGAGGUAACCAAGUGUGCUGCAUCCCAGUAGUCGGUGGCGGCGGUGGAGGUGGCUUCCCGCCAGCCACUACCAAACCCACAACUACAACUACAACUACAACGACGACGACUACCACUACCACCCAGAAGCCAACAGUUCCCUCCACGCCUGAGCGUCUGACAGAGUGUGGUGUGCCUACUCCGAUCCGGAUUCCGCCGGCCUGGCAGCGGUCGGUCACGCGCAAGCGCCGCGCCACGCCAGGGCCCUUCAUUCCCUUCAUCGUCGGCGGGAAGGACGCCGAGAUCGGCAAGUGGCCCUGGAUCGCGCUGCUGGGCACACGACAGGACGGUGGCAAGCCGUUCUGGUUCUGCGGCGGCGCCCUGAUCGACAGCCAGUACAUACUGACGGCGGCGCACUGUCUCCGGCCGCGAUCUUUCGACCAGAGCAAGCUGGUGGUGCGCCUAGGCGAGUACGACACCACCGACGACAACGACGGCGCCAACCCGCAGGACUUCACCGUGGAGCGGGUCACCAAUCAUGCCAACUUCAAGUUCCCGCAGCUGCACGACGACAUCGCGCUGGUGAAGCUCUCCAGUCCGGUGCCGUACAGUGACCUGAUCAAGCCGAUUUGCCUGCCGCCCGGCUCCAGCGGCGACUACGCCGGCUCCCGGAUAGACGUGGCUGGCUGGGGCUACACAGAGUUCGGUGGCGAUGCCAGCAACGUGCUGCAGGAGGUUAGCCUGCCUGUGGUGGGCAUCAACGAGUGCCAGUCCAAGUACGAGUCGGCGUCGAGCUUCCAGACACAGUUCCCAGGCGGCUUCGGCGACACCAAGCUGUGUGCCGCCGAGAAGGACGGCGGCAAGGACGCGUGCCAGGGCGACUCUGGCGGACCGAUGGUGCUUACGGGUGCCGACGGCAAGUAUCAGCUGAUUGGCGUCGUGUCGGCCGGAGUGGGCUGCGGCACUCCCGGCUUCCCCGGAGUGUACACUCGCGUCAGUGCCUAUCUGGACUGGAUACAGCAGAACAAGUUCUGAUGCGUCUUUGAAGACACAGAGACGUCCGACAAAGCGUGCCUUCAGGUCCCAACUAUGAGCCUGUUCAUCGUGAUUCGAUAUUGUCUAUAUGAAAAUUGUAGCAAACCCUUAGACGCGCGGAGUGCCUUGAGAAGAAACCAUUCCAGGCGAAAAAGGUGAAGACGGUCAGCUGCAUUGUUACCGCAGCUGUUUACAUCAGUACUAUUUUGAACAAUUUCUCACUAACUGUUGCUAUAAAGCUGCCCAUAAUUCGCAUAUACCUGAUGCACACGGGCAUGGUUAGAAUUGAUGCAGUGGAUUGUCCGUCUCUAGAUCAAGACGAUUAAAGCGGUCCGUCUGCUCUAGCAAUGUGCGUGAGUGAGGAAAUAUUUUGGGCUGAUGACGUUGAGUUAGUGAUCCUUGUUGAAGCGAUCUUUAAAAAGGGAAGACAUGCUGACCAGCUUGUCACACUUGGUGCCUUCUCUCAAUGCCAGUGCUGAGCGAGUCCACCCAGCUAUGGGAGCGGUGAGCAUUGAUCGUCGCAAUUCGUUCCACACUUUCUCGAAGAGCCAGACGAGAACCGUGGAGCUAAGUGAGUGUGCCGUUUUUUCUCAGCCUAAACCUUUUACAGCACUCGUGACAUUUUUAUUUUGGCUGACAAUAUUUGGAUCAGUGGCGUUGAUCUUGAACCGGACUGCAAUAAACCUUUUACUUGAAAGUGUAUGAAA